ACACACACACACACACACACACACAAAAACAGCUAGUAUUUGCCAUAAUUCACAGUAAUAGCUUUCUUGCUUAUGUCUGUCAUGAUGCAAUAGCCAUAUGUCUUCCUUAGCAAGAAUUGUCCACAUCCUAUGCCCGUCAAGAACCGUGUGCGUGUUUUCGUAAGUGAGAAUGCCCACAACUAUAAAUAUAAUUCCACUGAUCAUGGUCAUGAGGUCAUCCCACAGCUUCAGGGAGUUAAGGAAAUCCAGUCAAGACUCAAGAGGUUGAACUGAUAUAUAGUAGCAAAUGAAUCAAGCUCAUCAUUGGUAGUUGUACCUUCUCCUCGGAAUAAAUUAGCCUACUUUUUUUAGUGACGAAGGUAGUGUGGUCUGUGCUUUGAGCUUCUUCAGUUGCUGGUGGCUGCCAAACAGAGUAUGCAGUACUAGGUCCAGAACAACCAUGGGACACGGGUGUGUGACUGAGCCUAGAAAGCUCACGUCCCGAUGUUAGGAUAAACGCCCGGACAAGGGGGGAGAGCGUCAGCACCCGUUGGCACUAGCGAGAUGAGCUCUGACAAUUGAAGCUUGAGCAUGGCAGUUCACAAGUGUCGAGUGUCAUCAUACCUGCAUAUAAGCGGCAUCAUACUUGCAGGCUGCAAGGCAAUCUGAAGUACAUUUCAGAGAGGAGAAGCAGGGGAUCGAGCGAGGAAGAGCAUGGCGUCGAGGUCGAGCGCGGCGGAGCCUAUCCCUCUCCUGAGUCCCUACCAGAUGGGGCCGUUCAGGCUCUCGCACAGGAUGGUGCUGGCGCCGAUGACGAGGUCGAGAUCAUACGGCAACCUCCCGCAGCCGCACGUCGUGGAGUACUACGCGCAGCGGGCGACGGAGGGCGGGCUCCUCAUCACGGAGGCCACGAUCGUGUCGCCGGACUCGCGGGGGAUGGGGCUCAUCCCGCACACCCCUGGGAUCUGGACCAAGGAGCAGGUUCAGGCGUGGAAGCCCGUCGUGGAAGCCGUGCACGCCAAGGGCGCCACUUUCUUCUGCCAGAUUUGGCAUGUUGGAAGAGCGUCUGACACGGAGGAACGGCCCAUCUCAAGUACAGAUAAGCCGGUAGAGAAGAACGAAGAGAACUACUUCAUGGAUUUCUCAACCCCAAGGCCCCUGACUGUGGAGGAGAUCCCCGGUGUCAUCAACCAUUUCAGGAUUGCCGCCCAAAAUGCCAUGGAAGCAGGGUUCGACGGGGUGGAGGUGCACGCCGCGAACGGCUACCUCCUGGACCAGUUCAUGAAGGACGGCGUCAACGACCGCGCCGACGAGUACGGCGGCAGCCUGUCCAACCGCUGCCGCUUCGCCCUGGAGGUGGUCGACGCCGUGGUGGACGAGGUCGGGCCCGACCACGUCGGCGUGCGCCUCUCGCCCUACUCCACCUGGCUCAGCUGCCGCGACUCGGACCCGGACGCGCUGGCCGCGUACAUGUCCCGGGAGCUCAGCCGCCGCGACGUCCUGUACCUCAACGUCGUGGAGCCGGAGAUGGCGUUCGCGGAGGACGCCGACGGCGGCGAGGCGCGGCGGGUCAUCCCGCACAGGCUGCACGGGAUGAGGGAGGCCUUCGAGGGGACGCUAAUGGUCGGCGGAGGGUACGACAGGAAGGAAGGGAACUGGGCCGUCGCCCAAGGGUACGCCGAUAUGGUCGUCUACGGCAGACUCUUCUUGGCCAACCCCGACCUGCCGGAGAGGUUCAGGCGGGACGCGCCGCUGAACAAGUACCAUCGCCCCACGUUCUACACCGACGAUCCCGUUGUCGGGUACACGGAUUACCCGUUUCUUCACGAUGGUGGUGACAAGGUGAUCAGCGAGGAGAAUGGCGUGAUUUAAUUAGCUUUUAGCUAGCAAGAUGCAUGGAGAAGACCUGAACUGCAUGCCAUCGUCGCAUGGCCUCCUUCACUGACUCUUCUGUGGAUUCGCUUUGCCUCGAGGAGAACGCUUUGUUGCGCACUUUGCUUUAUAAUAAUCUCCAUGCAAAAGGCCAAACUAGAGAUAAUGAGUUUGAUGAAUCUUGAGGUACUUUUGAUUUUAUUAUCAUUGUAGGUGAAUAUUUUUAUUAAUCAUCGCGAAUAAUUUUUCUAACGGAAAUUGCUAAGUCUCACCUAGCUGAGACGCAUCA